AUUCACUGCAAGUUUUUGAAUCUUUGCUAAUUUUAUACGAGACAUCAUUUUUUUGAUGAUGAAAGUAAUUUCCACUUUUUAGCGCAUCAGCGGUUAUUAUUUGCCGAUAAAAAUUGGUGCUCUGGAAGAAUCUUUCAAUGUUCUGCUUGAUACCGUCACACCAUUACUUUGGGUUCCAGGACCAGAAUGUAGACAUCCUAUUUGCAAUGGGAAACCGCAGUAUACAGAGCGGUCGUCAGGUUUGUCUAAAAAAGUUUACUCUCGUACGAGACAGUAUAUUUACGAUGAAACAAGAGAGACAAUAGCGCGUGAACAUCAUAAUGUCAUUACGAUGAAUCAAAUGAAUGACGAAGAACUAAAAGUCAAGAAUGCGGCCUUUGGUACACCUUCUGUUUUGAAAUGGGAUGAUGCAGUAAUGUACUACCGAAUAGAUGGAGUUCUCGGUUUGUCAUCUUUAAAUAUCAGUGAUACUCGGCGUGACAAUCCAAUCCACAAAGUAUUACGAAGUUCAUCAAUUGAUCCAAUUAUUACCAUCGCUCUACCACCAAGAAAUUCUUCAGUGGCUGCAACUCUCACGCUAGGUGCCAGCAAUAAUUACAUAUGUGCAAAAAGCGAUAAGCAAGUAACUGAAAAGCUUGUCUCCUCAAGAGAUCGCUAUGAUUUUGCAUAUUCAUCAAUUUCCAUGGGCAAUAAGACAUUUUCUCUUCAGUGGCGUUCAGCUUUCGCUUAUGUAGACACUAUAAGGCCAUACAUUGGUGUGCCAGACUUAUUCAUGCAAGAAUUAAUUCUCAAAUACGAUGCAAAAAAAAAGCGGAAUACAGGAGCAGAUGUAUACUGGGUGGAUUGCAAUCAAGCCUUUGAGCCUUUUUAUUUGAGAACAGCCAAUAACACAUAUGUCGUUGAACCAAGCAAUUUUGUUAUCAAACACGACAAGGCAGAUGCAAAUUGCGAAUUGGGUUUCAGAAGUCAUUCGGGACCCCUUGGACCAGUAGCACUUGGAAUUCCAUUUCUUAAUCAGUAUUGUGCUAUCUUGGAACCCACUAAGCGGAGCAUUAGUUUUCGUCCUAUCGUGGUUCCCAAUACUACAGUUUAUUGUUUUACUUCUGAAAACUAUAGUCUGGAGUAG